CGACGUCCAGCGUCAGGCUGCAGCUUUUCCAGUUCUACCAAACCAGAAGGUUAUCGUAUAAAACUGUCAGUACGAUCAGAUCCAAGUUUCUUCCUCGUGUCUGUGUGCAGAUGGCAAACGAAGCCAGGCCCUGCCCCUGUGAACUAGGAGACCGGAUUGAAUAUGGAGGUCUGGGCCAGGAGCUCCAGAUUGAUCACAUUCAAGCGUAUGUGGUCAAACCAGACACUGCGUCUGACAAGGCAGUCAUAGUCAUACAGGACAUCUUUGGAUGGCAGCUCCCUAACACCAGAUACAUGGCUGACAUGCUGGCUGCCAAUGGAUACAUAGCUGUUUGUCCAGACUUCUUUGUUGGGAAGGAGCCGUGGAAUCCAUCACAUGACUGGUCCGGAUUUCAGGCGUGGCUUGAAGACAAGAAGCCAACAAACAUAAACAAAGAGGUGGAUGCAGUGCUGAGGUUCCUGAAGGAGCAGUGUGGGGCCAAACACAUAGGAGUGGUGGGAUUCUGCUGGGGAGGGAUCGCCACACAUUACCUGGCCCUGCAGUACCCAGAGGUCAGAGCUGGAGUGUCGGUCUAUGGGAUCGUCAGAGAGAGGGAGGACAGAUAUGAGCUGAAGUGUCCCACUCUGUUCAUUUUUGGAGAGAAAGACAUCGUCAUCCCACUGGAUCAGGUAGAAGUCCUUGAAUCCAAGCUGAAGGAGAAAUGCACAGUGGAUCAUCGAGUGAAGAUCUUUCCUGGUCAGACUCAUGGGUUUGUUCACCGCAAGAGAGAGGACAUCAACCCCUCAGACAAACCCAGCAUCCAGGAGGCCAGAUCAGACAUGCUCAAGUGGCUCAACAAGUACAUGUAGAUGAAAGGUGGGGACCUUCACAUUGGACUGAGUGAACUCAAGCAACAGAGGCGCUGAAGCAACUUGUGCCUUGAAUUCUAUUUCUACUCAUUGUUAACCAGCUUUCAUGGGAUUAAAAACUGAAAAGUAGAUAUGUAAAACGUGGAGGUGCCAUUUUGAGUGAGCUGCUGAUUGUUAAUGUAAUUUGUUUGGGUCUUGACAUUCCAGAUAUUUUCCAAAUGUUUUCUAAUCCAGGUGAGGUCUGGAUCUUUAGUUCCUAAGAACUAUGAUUAAAGUUUUACCUUGAGGGGCUUGAAAUCAGAACAGUGGAGUCUUCAUUUCAAUGGACCAACAUUUUAAUGGUGACUUUGAUACGAUUACAGCUUGAACAUUUUGUAUCAAAUGAUAAAUAGCAGUACGCAGAGCGGUUUGGACAUGGUGCUCUGGGGAAGUGCCUAAAACCUCUAGAACAGCACACGCAUCAAUAUGCGUUACAGGGCACAGCCGAGCCUU